AUGCCAGAUUUUAUUGUUCGUCCGUCGAAUACGGAGAAAGAUGCCUUCCGGGUCAAGUUGACUGCCGUAUCCAUGCUUUCACUAAAACUGAAAUCGGGUGAUACCUGUGAAAUUCAGAGUACAGACUCUUCUAAGUAUGGGAGGAAACGGCUGGCGAUAGCCUGGGAAGCCUCUGGAGCAGGAAUAAAGGACUCGGUCGUGCAAACUUCCAAACUUCUCCAAGACCUCUAUGGCUUCAAACUGGGCGAUAAAAUCACCAUCACCAGAUCUUCACAGCCCUUAACGAAUGCCGACACGGUCACUCUUCAGAGCUGUGGACCCCGGCAUGAUGAGCAGGCUAUCAAAUUCUGGGAGAAAUAUGCAAAGUUGACCAUACCGGGAACGGACGAAUGUAUAGCUCUAGCUCGGAAAAUCCAAUUCAAGUUGGGUAUUGAUACUGCGGAAUUCAUGGUCAAAGAUAUCGGAGUUCCAGAUGCAAUGAUUGCGCGUGUUACAGGACAUACCCACUUUGCAAUUAGCAGGAGCGACACGCCAGAUCAUUCGUGGGAAAUCAACUUCAACCCUCGGAACCUUGGUGGAUUGCGCGAUCAGAUAACUCACGUGCAAGAUAUAGUGGCCAGGGUACGGCGACCUAUUGUGAAACAGUAUUUCCAACUCUACCGACCCAUUCAAGGAAUUUUGGUGUACGGGGCUAAAGGCACCGGCAAGACCGCAUUUAUUACAGCCCUGGCACAGUCGGGAUGGUCUCAAGUUAUUUCCUGGAAACCUGGCACGCAAAUGUGUGAAUCGACCGAACCUCGAUUGGUCAUUAUCCGUUCGAGACACCUCCUUCGGAAUGCAGGUCCUGUACCCGGAGUGACUGAUGAGCUCGAAAAUUUAUUUAAUGACAUUCGAGGAUUUCCUACAUUGGUGAUAGGCGAAGUCCAGCAUCCCAAUGACAUUGAUCCAACGCUACGAUCGGAAGGGAAAUUUGCAGCCGAAAUGGAGCUUCCCAUCCCUUCUGCCAACCAAAGGAAGGAGAUUUUGCUGGCUUUGCGUGGCAAUGACGCCACCCCACAGGACGAGUUGCUUCAAGAGAUGGCAGCCCGAACACAUGGUUAUGUGGGUGCGGAUCUGUACGCUCUUAUGCGGAGAACACUUGAGCUUGCAUCAGAUCGCACUCCAGUACCCAAAGACGAGGAAGAGAAGACGGUCAAUGGCGAGGAGCAUGCAGGUCCCGAAUUGGAGAAACCGCGACAAUCUGUGGGUGGUGGUGAAAACAAGCCUCGCUUCCAUGUGACUUCCGCUGACCUGGACGCGGCCCUCCAACAGAUCCGACCAUCUGCCCUUCAAGAAAUAUUCCUCGAAACACCCAAUGUCCAUUGGUCAGACAUUGGAGGUCAGCAUGAAAUCAAACAUCAACUCCGCAAUGCUGUUGAGCGUCCAUUGAAAUUUGCGGACCGAAUGAAAAAACUGGGAUUGCAACCAAAGAAAGGUGUCCUCCUCUAUGGUCCACCAGGUUGCUCAAAGACCUUACUUGUCCGAGCUCUCGCCACGGAAGCAGGUCUCAACUUUCUCGCCGUCAAAGGGGCAGAGCUGAUUUCCAUGUACGUUGGAGAGAGUGAGAGGGCCACUCGAGAAGUAUUUCGAAAGGCUCGAGCGGCAAGUCCAAGCAUUAUAUUUUUCGACGAGAUUGAUGCAAUCGCCUCUCGUGGAAAAAGUGGGAGUGAUCUGAAUGUCCUCACCACCCUCUUGAACGAAAUGGAUGGAUUUGAGGAACUUCGAAGUGUCCUUGUGGUUGCUGCCACUAACAAACCACAAAACAUUGAUCCGGCUCUUUUACGUCCUGGACGAUUCGAUAAUGUGGUGUAUAUUGGCCCACCAGAUCUUGAAGCGAGAAAAGAGAUUUUUCAGAAACGGCUGGAGAAGAUUCAAUACGAAUUUCAAAUCGGUUUAGGUGAAGACAUUCAUGAGUUUGCCCAGUCGACAGAAGGUUUUUCUGGAGCGGAGAUUGUUGCGAUUUGUCAAUCUGCAGGGGAAUAUGCUUUUGACGCAGAUCGGGAAACAAUUAUCUCGGACGAUAUCAGAAAGGCCAUUGUGAAUACUCCCAAGAGUAUCACGAAGGAAAUGUUAUCGGAGUUUGAAUUUUGGAACGCUACCAGAAUGCGUUGA